AUGGCCAGCAUCUAUGACCCAAGAGGGCAUAUUUCGCCGUUUACGAUAAGGGCUCGACUGCUGUUCCAGGAGGCAUGCAUUCUCGGCUGUUCCUGGGAUGACCGUCUCCCAUCAGAGCUGGAGACCAAGUGGCAGAGGUGGUUUGCAGAACUACCAGAUCUAGCUGGGAUCAAAGUGCCACGAUGCUUCAAAAGCAUGGAGCGCCAGGCUGACACCGCGAAGCUCACAGUACAUACCUUCACCGAUGCCUCGGCGCACGCCACUUCAGCUGUAAGUUAUGUCCAAGCAGCGUAUCCGGAUGGUUUUGUGAAGGUCAGCCUUGCAUUCGCCAAGGCGCGGGCAACCCCUAUCAAGAAAGUCACCAUCCCUAAGUUGGAGUUGCGAGGUGCAGUACUUGGCCUGCGCAACAGCAAAGUUGUCAGCCAAGCCCUCGCUAUUCCUGUUGCUGAACAUGUGUUCUGGACCGAUUCCCUCAACGCCGUGUACUGGGUGAGGAGCCAUGCCAAGAACUUCACUUCAGAUGUCGCCUGCCGGGUCGGUGAGAUUCAAGCCGACACCAAAGCUAGCCAAUGGAGACACGUACCAGGAGUCCUCAACCCAGCCGACUUCCCAUCUCGAGGUAUGAAAGUGCUGGACCUCGUUGGACGUCACACAUGGUGGUGUCGUCCGGACUUCCUGACCAGACCGGAGGCAGAGUGGCCGCUUGUGGAGCUUGCUACCCCUCCGCAACUACCUGGUGAGCUGAAGAAGAAGCCAUGUAUGACAUUCGCCAGCCAGGUGACGCCAUCUCGACUAGAUCCUGCCACGUAUUCGACGUGGGAGCGUCUUACCAGGGUGACUGCCUGGUGCUUACGGUUCGUACAAAAUGCCCGACGGCAGACUGCGACAGUCACGAGGGGGGAAACCCACGUCGACACCGCCAACACCAGUGCCCCACUAGUCUAUGUCCGUUUAGCAAGCGGUCAUAAGCCAAGAUCAGUAGUGACAGUACCGGUGCUGACGGCAGCAGAAGUAGCAGGAGCCGAACGACAUUGGUUUGCACAAGCUCAGCUGUCAGUGUACCCAGCCACGCUUAAGCGCUUACGGGCAGGUGAGGAAUUACCACCAUCUGACCCUCUCUACCGGCUCAACGCGGUCCUGGAUGCGAUGUUACACCCUGCUCUCAUGGUCGUCAACGGACAACUGAAGCAUGCUGUCAACCUACCUGUUGGUGUUCGCCAGCCAGUGAUCCUACCACAGCGUCACCGAGUCACUACGCUACUCAUCCAGCGCGAAGACGACCUCUGUUGCCAUGGUGUCGGAACCCAGCACCUGCUGUCCAACCUACGACAGAGAUUCUGGAUUGUACAUGAAGCAUUCCUGCUGGCAUUCUCCAGAUUCAUCAAGCGUCGCGGCACUCCGUCCAUCAUGGUGUCGGACAACGGCACGAACUUUACAGCUGCCGAGCGAGAGCUCCGAGAGGCGAGCGAAGCCAUUGAUCGCACGCAAGUCAGCAGGAAAUUCGCUCAUGAAGGAAUAGAGUGGCGGUUCAAUCCUCCGUGA